AUGAAAUCUUCGAUUCCCAAAAAAUAUAAAUUAAAUAAUGGGAACUAUAUUCCAACCGUUGGGUUAGGAACUUAUUAUUUGCCACAAAAUAAAACCAAACAAAUAGUUUACGAGGCUUGCAAAAUAGGUUAUAAGCAUUUUGAUACUGCUGUUUUAUAUGAGAAUGAAAAAGAGGUUGGGGAAGGUAUUUCGCAAUGGUUGAAUGAAAACCCUGAAGUACAUAAGAGAGAGUCGAUAUUUUAUACUACCAAGUUGUGGAACAAUCAAUGUGGAUAUAAUGAAGCCAAGUAUGCGAUCAAAGAAUGUUUAAAUAAGGUUAAAGGAUUAGGAUAUAUUGAUUUAUUAUUAAUUCAUUCGCCAUUAGCAGGUAGUCUUUUAAGAUUAGAAACGUAUAGAGCAAUGCAAGAGGCUGUUGAGGAAGGAAUUGUAAAAAAUAUUGGGGUUUCAAAUUAUGGUAAGCAUCAUAUUGAGGAAUUAUUAAACUGGAGUGAUUUGAAAAUUAAACCGGUGGUUAAUCAAAUUGAGAUUUCACCAUGGUUAAUGAGACAGGAGUUAGCUGAUUACUGUAAAUCGCGAGAAUUAAUUGUCGAGGCUUAUGCUCCUUUAACUCAUGGUUAUAAGAUUAAACACCCUGAUGUGCUUAAAGUUGCUGAAGAAUGCAAUGUCACGCCGGGCCAGAUUUUAAUUAGAUGGUCUUUACAACACGGUUAUGUUCCAUUGCCUAAGACAGCCACUUUACAUAGAUUGAAAGAGAAUUUGGAUGUGUAUGGAUUUGAAUUAAGUGAUGAACAAAUGUUAUUUUUGGACCACCCAAAUUCUUACGAUCCUACCGACUGGGAAUGUACAGAUGCACCAUAG